GUCCACUUCAGCAAUCGCAGCAUCGCAGUUCCCAGUUGCACGAGACAGAGGCGGCACGAAGGCAGAACGCCUUCGCUUAGUCAGCGCGAGGCGUGAGUAGGCGAUGAGAGACGAGCCAAGGGGAGGCAAGUGAGGAGUCGACUCGGAUCGUUCCCGUCCAUUUCAGCAGCGGAGUCUUUUGAGGGCUCGAUUAUUCGGCUUCGACAGAUCGGGUCGAUAAAUCACCCCUCGUUCUGGUUGAAUGUGCUGACAUUGAAGCAAUCAUAAUUGUACAGCACCUACCACCUGCCCCAUAUUUGUUGCGCUUAUAAUAUUGAACCCGCGGCGAGCCUCAUCUUCUGUGGCGCUCAGAGCAUUCGUUCCGUACAGCUGGCGUGGAAUUUGUAGCUGUAGCGUCUGGCAUUUCCGGCUUGUGUGAGGGUAUGGGUUUAUGAUCAGCGUCGGCGGUCGUUUGUUUGUGGGAGUGUGUGUUCGGGUGAUCCUUCUGGCACCCUGUUGUGGGCUUAGGAUCGGAUUUUCUUUACUGCUCAGCUGUCCGCGAGCGGGCGGCGGCUCGUGCGGCCUUUCCAUGAUUGUCUUGGGGAGUCACCUCAUUUUGCGUCCAGUCUCGUUUAAUGUUCGAUGCUCUUUGCCACCCUCUUCUCUCCAGAUCAGGAAGCUUUCCAUCAUGCCGGGAGGUUCUGGAACGAGCCAUCCGAGCUUGCUGUUUCGUCAGCUGUUUGAGAAGGAGUCGUCCACGUACACUUAUCUGUUGGCUGAUUUGAGUGAUCCUGACAAGCCUGCCGUGCUUGUGGAUCCAGUCGACCGUACCGUGGAAAGGGACUUGAAUCUUAUCAAAGAGCUUGGUUUGAAAUUGCUUUACGCGAUAAACACACACGUCCAUGCGGAUCAUGUUACAGGGACGGGCUUGUUGAAGACCAAACUCCCAGGAGUUCAAUCCUUGAUAUCCAAGGCAAGUGGUGCGAAAGCUGAUCAUUACGUGGAGCAUGGAGACAAGAUACAGUUUGGCAGUUUAUAUCUGGAGGUCAGAGCCACACCUGGUCAUACUGCAGGGUGUGUAACAUAUGUGUCAGGAGAAGGCCCUGAUCAGAUAUCUCCACGACUGGCAUUCACCGGGGACGCUCUACUUAUCAGGGGCUGUGGACGUACUGAUUUCCAAGGAGGAGAUCCAGCUCAACUGUACAACUCAGUACAUUCACAGAUAUUUUCUCUGCCAGAAGAAACAUUUUUGUACCCUGCGCAUGAUUACAAAGGCCAGACGGUAACUACGGUUGGCGAGGAGAAGCUGUACAAUCCAAGGCUGACGAAAGAUUUGGAAGGAUUUAAGACCAUCAUGAGCAAUUUGAAUUUGGCAUACCCAAAAAUGAUCGACAUUGCUUUACCAUCGAACAUGAAGUGCGGAAUACAAGAUGAAUCAAACGGAUCCACAGGCUCGUCAUUAUGAGUCUCAGGGAGCUGUACGCUCUUCGUAGAUGUACAGGAGACUCAUUCUCAAAAUUGGCAUUUUACAGUAGGCUGAUAUUCCCAUUACCUGUAAAUCUUGGUAUAUAAUAGUAAAAUGUGAACCACUGCAUAGGCUUUCAAAUGAAGACGGUCGAACCUUGUCGUUGAGAACGCUUAGCCUUAAGACUUUUUGUCUGAGCGGUUUGACUGGGCAGAGGUCUCGGUACUUAUAGAUGCGGAAGAUGUGGGAUGCUCCUUGUCAGAUUGUACGUAGUGCAUUGUCAAGCGACAGUUAUUGGACUUCGUCACCACGUCGGAGCAACGCCUGACAUUCUCAGCUCCAACAGUCGGAACUGUCCACUAGGACGCUGCAACAUGAAUCUGUAAAAGCUCAUUGACUGUUAUAAAAUUAGUGUACGGAGAUGUGCAUGAGCACUGU